AUGUUUAGACAAAUAAAAAUAGCGAAAGAACAUCAAGAUUAUGAGCGAAUCCUCUGGAGAGAGAAUCAAACAGAUAAAAUAGAAGAGUUUAAACUAACUACAGUCACAUAUGGAACAGCUUCAGCUCCAUUUUUAGCAGUCCGAACACUACAGCAAAUUGCAGAAGAUUAUGAAGGAAAUGUUAAUAUUAAAAAUACGAUUAAAAAUGAUUUUUACAUGGACGAUUUACUAACUGGUGCCGAUACAACGUCAGAUUGUAAAGAUAAAAUUAAUAAAAUUUUUAAUUGUUUAAACAGUGCAGGCUUUAAAUUACGGAAAUGGAUGUCUAAUGAUCAGUCAAUUUUGGAAAAUUUACCCAUUGAAGUCAGCAAUAAAAUACUUAACAUAAAAGAAGACGAUUCAAUAAAAACACUAGGAUUAAAAUGGAAUCCAAGAGAAGAUGAAUUUCAAUUCUCAAUAAACAUCUUAACAAAUGAUAGAAUAACAAAAAGAAUGGUGUUAUCAGUAUACGCAAAGAUUUUUGAUCCAUUAGGAUGGCUAACUCUAGUUACAAUUACUGCAAAAUUAUUUAUACAAAAACUGUGGCAACUAAAGUAUGACUGGGAUGAAAUUCUAGAUGAACAAAUUCAUAAAGAAUACGAGAAAAAUAAUAAAAAUAUACAAAUAAUUGAACAAACUCGGAUUCCAAGAUGGAUGGAAGUAUCAAGUUCGGACAAUUGGGAACUUCACGGGUUUUCAGAUGCUUCUGAAGCAGCCUAUGAUGCAGCAAUAUAUAUUAAAAUAGGUUCAAAAAUAAACUUAUUGACAGCUAAAAGCAAAGUAGCCCCAAUAAAAAAUAAAAAAACUAUUCCCAAAUUAGAAUUAUGCGGAGCUCAUUUACUAGCAAAAUUAAUGAAUAAAAUAAUUAAAAUAUUAGGCAAUAAUCCAGAGGUCUAUUGUUGGAGCGAUUCUGCGAUUACUUUAUGGUGGAUAAAAGAACCAAGAAACAAAGAAAGAUUCAUAAGAACACGAGCGACAGAAAUUAAAAUUUUAAUUCCGAGUGCAGAAUGGCGUCACAUAAGAACAAAAGAAAAUCCUGCCGAUAUAGCAUCAAGAGGCAUAUGUGCAUCCAAAUUAAUAAAUAAUACUCUCUGGUGGCAUGGACCGACAUGGCUAGCAAAUCCUAAAGAGGAAUGGCCAAAAGAUGACCAAAUAGAUGGUUCUGCAGUCAUCAUAACAACAUUAAGUUCAGAUAAUAAUUUUAUAAACGACUUGAUACAGAAAAUAUCAAAAAUAUCUAGACUAGAAAAAAUAGUAGCAUAUGUAUUAAGAUUUAUAAAAUGCCUAAAAAAUAAAUCCAAAGACACAAAUCAUAUAUCAAAAGAAGAACUUGAUACAGCAAGAAAUGAGAUAAUUCGACAACAUCAAUUAACGCAUUUUGCCGCUGAAAUAUCCAGCAUUAAUCAAGGCAAAGAAAUUAACAGGAUUAGCAAACUAAUUCAUUUACGACCAUUUAUAGAUAAAAAUGGCUUAUUAAGAGUUGGAGGCAGGCUACAAAACGCAACUAUUAAAUAUAACCAAAUGCAUCCAACUAUUCUACAUAGAGAUCAAUAUGCAGAAUUAAUAAUAUAUCAAGCGCAUCAAUCAACAUUACACGGAGGACAAAAUUUAAUGGAAGCACACAUAAAGCAACAAUAUUGGAUUUUAGGAGGAUUGACUAUGCCGGACCCAUAUAUGAAGUGCUCAAAAGGUCGUGGUCAAAAAUCAUUCAAAGGCUAUAUUUCAGUAUUUAUAUGCAUGUCUACUAAAGCAAUUCAUUUAGAAGCAGUAAGCGAUUUAUCAACAGAAGCAUUCAUGGCUGCAUUAAAAAGAUUCUUUUCGAGACGUGGGAAAAGUGCACAUCUAUAUUCAGAUAAUGGUACUAAUUUUAUUGGUGCAUUAAAAAGACUAGACAAAGAAUUUGGAAAUGCAAUCAAAAAUAAUACAUCAAUAGUUCAAAUUCUCGCAACUGAAAAAAUAGAAUGGCAUUUUAUUCCGCCGGCAAGCCCGCACUUCGGCGGUAUUUGGGAAGCAACAGUAAAAUCUACAAAAUACCAUUUAAAACGAGUAAUAGGUGAGACAAAGCUUACGUUUGAAGAAAUGACAACAUUUUUAUAUCAGACAGAGGCAGUUUUAAACUCAAGACCACUCUGCUAUGUAAACAGCGGAAUUGAUAGCAUUGAUGUUUUGACACCAGGACAUUUUCUAAUUGGGCGACCACUAUUAAACGAACCAGAAGCAGAAAUCAAAGAAAAAAUAAAUCUAGUAAACCGCUGGGAACUAUUACAGAAAAUGAAAUCAGAUUUUUGGAAGAAGUGGAAAAAGAAUAUGUGA